AUGCUUCUGAAAAGUGCACCUGCAUGGAUUGCGAGUUCACGUUUGGAAGAAGUCACUGGAAAAGUUCAAGCAGCUCGAAAUCUGAUCAUGAGAGUAUGUGAAGUCAACCCAACGAGUGAAGAUCUUUGGUUGGAAGCAGCUCGAGUGCAACCACCAGAUACUGCAAAAGGUGUGAUUGCUCAAGCUGCUCGUCACAUUCCAACAUCAGUUCGAAUAUGGAUUAAAGGAGCUGAUCUCGAAAAUGAAGCUAAAGCUAAACGAAUUGUUUAUCGUAAAGCUCUUGAACAUUUACCAAACUCUGUUCGUUUGUGGAAAAGUGCAGUUGAAUUUGAAAAUCCAAACGAUGCCAGAAUUCUCUUGUCAAGAGCUGUCGAAUGUUGUAACAUGAGUGUCGAACUUUGA